AUGGUGUCAUGCUUUCUGCAGGCCCGUCCCAAAUGCCCGGACGUUGGGUCGCGAGGGGGGCUGCGAGCGUUGCUUUUGCUUCUGCUUCCCUUUUUUGCCAUUGCUGGAUCGGAGCAGACGCGAGCUGGACGACAAGGAAGUUCCCAGGCGGGUUGCAGCGAACGGGGGGCGACGAAUGGACCAAAGGGAUUGAAGGCUUGUGACAGCAAGGCACCAGACGACGCUGUCCAGCUGGAAACCGCGUGGGGACUCGCUGCGGCCAGAUAG